AUGUCAUUGAAGAAUGCUGUCCUCCCACCUUCCAUUGGGAAUUUGUCGACUUCUCUUGUUAGUUUUACGAUGGUUCAUCCCGGCAACGUUGGGAAGUUGAAGCAACUCGGGAAGCUCUACCUUUAUGAUAACAAGCUUGGAGGAUAUAUCCCUACUGAUGUUUGCAAUAUGAGUGAAUUGAUGGAGCUUUUCUUGGGUGGGAAUAAGCUAACUGGUCCAAUACCUGAAUGUUUGGGGGAUGUUAAAUCUCUGAGAAGAGUUUGGCUUGAUUCGAACAAGUUGAAUUCCACGCUUCCUUCAAACUUGGUGAAUCUUCCGGAUCUUUUAGAACUAAGUAUGUCUUCAAACAAUUUCACUGGUCGGAUACCAUAUGAGAUAGGAAGGUUGAAGGCUGUCUACACGUUGGACUUGUCGUCUAACAUGUUUUCAGGCUCUAUUCCCAGCGAAAUCGAAGCUUUGGGGAAGCUCAAGGUGUUGGAGACAUUGGAUCUUUCUAACAAUCAUCUUUCUGGUUUAAUACCUGACUUGUUGGGGAAGCUUGAUCUUGACUUCUUUAAUGUGUCGUGUAAUCGAUUGGAAGGGAGAAUUCCUGGUGGUUUUUCCAAUAUUAGUGCUCAGUCAUUUGUGAACAACUCUGGCCUUUGUGGUGUGGAAAGAUUUCAAGUGCCAUCUUGCAAGGGAAGUCAUUCAUCGAAGAGUUUUGGUGUAAUAAUGAAAUAUGUUGUUCCUCCCUUUGUUGCAUUUAUGAUUGUGGUGGUUGGCAUACACAUUGUCAUAAGAAGAUGGAGGGUGCCUCAAGAGAAAACCAACUAA